AACAGGAAGAGAAGUGACACAACGUGAAAGUCGCAGCGGAGCUAAACGCUGUGAAUCUUUAUAAAACACCAUUAAACUCGUGUUUAUCUUCCUGACUCUGUCACACUAUGGUGAGGGUUUAGUGUGUGUUACAUGUCGGGACCAGCAGCGGAGUCUCACGAUGUUUCAAGCCGCAGUUAAGACUCUUUCCUCGGCUUCGACCUCCUCAGUUUCUCGGGGAAUCUCGUCCAGUGUUCGACUUUAUUGUGAGAAGACGCUGCGAGUUUCUGAGGCUCUUUCAGGAGCUGAUCUGGGAUCCAAUGUUACAGUGAAGGGGUGGGUUCGUUCUGUCAGACCCCAGAAGACAAAUCUCUUUCUCCACGUGAAUGAUGGGAGCUCUUUGCAGUCCUUGCAGGUCGUCGCAGGCUCGGAGCUGAAUGAUCCGUCCUUGACGUUUGGCAGCGCUGUGGAAGUCACAGGGAUUCUUAAGAAAAGUCCACGUCAAACACAGCCGGUUGAACUGGAGGCUGAGCAAAUCCACGUGGUUGGAAAAUGUAAUCCACUGGAUUUUCCCUUUAAAAUCAAAGACAGACACAGCCUGGAGUAUAUUCGUCAGUUUCCUCAUCUCAGGUGUAGAACAAAUACCUUCAGCUCCCUGUUGAGAAUACGAAGUGAGGCCACGGCAGCAAUUCACUCAUAUUUCAAGGAAAAUGGCUUUUUGCAAAUUCACACUCCAAUCAUCACCUCAAAUGACUGCGAGGGAGCCGGGGAGCUCUUUCAGGUUGAGCCGUCGGGUCCAGAGCACGAGGAGGAUGAGAACUACUUCUCCGUCCCGGCUUUCCUCACCGUGUCCGGCCAGCUUCACUUGGAAGUGAUGUCAGGCGGAGGGGAGAUCAUCUUCCAGGGCUGGCUGAGGAAGUCACCGCCGGAGAAGAAGCUGCGGAGAUAUGCGUGGAAGAAACGCUGGUUCAUCCUGCGCAGCGGCCGGAUGAGCGGUGACCCCGACGUGCUGGAGUACUACAAGAAUGACCACUCCAAGAAGCCCAUCCGGGUCAUCGACCUGCACUGCUGCGAGCAGGUGGACUGCGGCCUGACCUUCAAGCGGAAGGAGUUCCAGGACAGCUUCGUGUUUGACAUCAAGACCUCGGACCGAACCUUUUACCUGGUGGCGGAGACGGAGGAGGACAUGAACAAGUGGGUCCGCUCCAUCUGCCAGCUGUGCGGGUUCAACCAGUCGGCCGACAACCACGGUUCCAUCAAAAACUUGUCUUCACAUGGGCAUCUGCCACGGUCUGUCGGAGCAGAUGACGCCGGCUCCGCGGCCCCUCUGACCGGAGACCGCAAGUCCUCGGGCCCGGUCCACUCCAGGCAGCCGGUCCUCUUCACCUUUGACGUGCCCGUUCGCCACUCACACUCCGGCUCCUUGUCCAACAGCGCGCCCCAGGACUACCUCCUCCUCCACCAGUGCAUGAGCAGGAAGACGGAGAGCGCAAGGAGUGCCAGCUUCUCCCAGGCAUCACGCAGCAACCUGUUUGCCGGGAGCGACUCGGCGGUGCAGAAACUCUCUCACGGUUUCUCCCACUGUCUGAACGGCAUGGGCGGCCAGCUGCACGGCUUCUACAGUUUGCCCAAACCAGGAAAACACCAGUUACCUUCGCAGGACGACUCGUCGGAGGAGGCGUGCUACGUGCUGCCGCGAGGCUUCAGCUCCGAGGCGCCGGCCCUCGGCGGCCUGGGCCUGGGCGACUCGGAGCUGGAGAACGAGGAGGUGUACACCUUCAAGACGCCGUGCAACGCCCUCGCCACCACGCACGACUGCGAGCGGCCCACGGACAAUUACGACAUCCCCACCACGCCCGGCUCCUUCUACCAGAUCCCCCGGACGUUUGAUAAGAAUCACAACGCCUUGACGCCCUCCAGCUCCGAGUCGUCCUGUGCCCCCCCGCCCAGGCCCCCGAAGCCCAGCCAGGGGUCGGAGGGUCAGUGGGGGAGUCCCCAGUCGGUAGGAAGCCAGAACGGAGAGGUGACGUCUGCGGUGUCGGUCAUCCCACGCAGGAACACUCUCCCUGCUGUGGAGAACAUCAGGCUGCACAGAGGCUCCUCCUUCGAAACGAGCAGCCAUCACCGUCCCAUCCAUUUCAACAGCUCAGGCCAGUCUGUGGAGUCAGUCAAUGACGGCUUCAGCUCCUACUUGAGAACCAAAGCGCCCCUGACUCGCUCCGACAGCGGCAACUCGGAUGACAACUACGUGCCCAUGAAUCCCGGCUCGUCGCCGCUCAGCGCCGCCCUGGCUGACAGUCCUAAGAAUAUCUACAUCCCCAUGAGCCCUGGGCCACAUCACUUUGAUUUCCCAGGAUUCUCUGCAACGCUACCUGCCCGCAAGGGGAGCAGCGCCUCCCUGUGUCACAGGCCCAGCCGCCUCAGCGACGUGACGCCACCACCCAUCAACCGCAACCUCAAACCCAACAGGAAAUCGAAGCCGACACCUCUCGAUCUGAAGAACAAUGGGAUUAUUGAUGAGCUGCCAUUUAAGAGUCCGGUCACCAUGUCCUGGAUUCGGCCCAUGCCGCCUAUGAACUCCAUCUCCUCCCAGCACUGUCGACCCAUCUCCACACAAAGCAUCACCAGCACCGACUCUGCAGACAGUGAGGAGAACUAUGUGGCUAUGCAGAACCCAGCGUCUACCUCGCCAGCCAUGAGCGGCACCAGCAGCCCGGCGCCCAGGAAGUGCGGCAACGUGGACUACCUGGCGCUGGACUUCCAGCCCGGCUCACCCAGCCCGCACAGAAAACCCUCCACGUCCUCCGUGACCUCCGACGAGAAGGUGGACUACGUGCAGGUGGACAAGGAGAAGACCCAGGCUCUGCAGAACACCAUGCAGGAGUGGACCGAUGUGCGGCAGUCUACUGAACCCGCCAAGGGCGUCAAGUCCUGACACUGACUUGUACGAAAGCAAAACACAGAAUCCCAAUCUUAAGACAUCAAGCAUCGCCAGUGUCACGUUCCUAUCCUCGCUAUGAAUGCUGGUCCGGCUUGUUUAAGCCUGAGAUGUUUGGACAAAAAAAGCCAUAACCGACCCGACGCCUGUUCUCUGUGAUGAUUACUACUGUCUAACGUGCAGGAUAUCAGGCCAUAGAGGUGAAGCUUCCUGCCAAAGCUCUCCACGCAGACUGUUAUAACAGAGUAUGGACAGAUGAUAAUGUGUAUGUAUGUAUAUCAUCCUUACUUAUCAAUCAUUCCUUUUUUCCCCCCAUGGAAGCUGUGCCACCCGCCCUCUGCAACGUUUUAAUUUUAAUUUUUGCAUCAAGCGAAUAAUUUACCAAGUUGCUGCCAUUUAACACGGUGGUUAAAACCGGGUCGAUAACCAUUUUAAAUAUAUAAGGUAAGAGUGUGCUCGCUGGUCUCAGGAAUGCCAAGAUGCACUCCCCCAUUUUUUUUGGCAUGCGGGCAAGACUCUCUCUUCUUCUCACUUCAAUCCAUCAUUUGUGCUGAGUCUUGCAGAAGCGGCGAGGAGAUUAUUUUCACUGCGGGCAAUCAUUUCAGCUUAGCAG